GGGGGUUUCGAUUAGUUGUCGCUGCCGCCCGGGAAGGUACGGCGGCGACUGGGGCUUCUGGAGCGGCGCCGUCCCCGGCCGGAGGUGGGCAACUCGGCGCGGGAAUCAUUUAUACGCCACAUUAAAACAAAUAUGUGAUUCUCCUGCCAAUCUGUGAGAAUUUCUCCUUUCAAGACUUUAUUUUACUUACUGUACAAAUAGCCCAGUUCUUUUGGAUGCCAUGUUCUGUGGCUUGCAUCUGAAGAGGAGUUUGUCUUCAUGAAGAUUCCUAACAUUGGUAAUGUGAUGAAUAAAUUUGAGAUCCUUGGGGUUGUAGGUGAAGGAGCCUAUGGAGUUGUACUUAAAUGCAGACACAAGGAAACACAUGAAAUUGUGGCCAUCAAGAAAUUCAAGGACAGUGAAGAAAAUGAAGAAGUCAAAGAGACGACUUUACGAGAGCUUAAAAUGCUUCGUACUCUCAAACAGGAAAACAUAGUGGAGCUGAAGGAAGCCUUCCGAAGGAGGGGGAAACUGUACUUGGUGUUUGAAUAUGUUGAGAAAAAUAUGCUUGAAUUGCUGGAAGAAAUGCCAAAUGGUGUUCCACCCGAUAAAGUUAAAAGUUAUAUCUAUCAGCUAAUCAAAGCUAUUCAUUGGUGCCAUAAGAAUGAUAUUGUGCAUAGAGAUAUAAAGCCGGAAAACCUUUUAAUCAGCCACAAUGAUGUUUUGAAAUUAUGUGAUUUUGGGUUUGCACGCAAUCUCUCCGAAGGCAAUAAUGCUAAUUACACAGAAUAUGUAGCCACCAGGUGGUAUCGGUCCCCAGAGCUCUUACUUGGAGCUCCCUAUGGGAAGUCUGUAGAUAUGUGGUCGGUGGGCUGUAUUCUUGGGGAGCUUAGCGAUGGACAGCCUUUGUUUCCUGGAGAAAGCGAAAUUGACCAACUUUUUACUAUUCAGAAGGUGCUAGGACCACUUCCAUCUGAGCAGAUGAAACUCUUUUAUAGUAAUCCUCGAUUCCAUGGGCUCCGGUUUCCAGCUGUGAACCAUCCUCAGUCACUGGAGAGACGAUACCUUGGCAUUUUAAAUAGCGUUUUACUUGACCUAAUGAAGAAUUUACUGAAGUUGGACCCAUCUGACAGAUACUUGACAGAACAGUGUUUGAAUCAUCCAACAUUUCAAACCCAGAGACUUUUGGAUCGUUCUCCUUCAAGGUCAGCCAAAAGAAAGCCUUACCACGUGGAAAGCAGCACGCUGUCUAAUAGAAACCAAGGCGGCAAAGGUGCAGCGUUGCAGUCCCACCACAGAUCCAACAGCAAGGACAUCCAGAACCUGAGCGUGGGUCUGCCCCGGGCCGAGGAGGGGCUCCCCGCCAACGAGAGCUUCCUCAACGGCAACCUGGCGGCCGCCACGCUCAGCCCCAUGCACACGAAAACCUACCAGGCCAGCAGCCAGCCGGGCUCCGGCGGCAAAGACCUCACCAACAACAACAUCCCGCACCUGCUCAGCCCCAAAGAGGCCAAGGCGAAGACCGAGUUCGACUUCAACCUCGAGCCGAAGGCCGCGGAAGGCCCGGGCACCAAGUACCUCAAGUCCAGCAGCCGUGCGCAGCAGAACCGCCACUCGUUCAUGGAGAGCUCGCAGAGCAAGGCCGGGACGCUGCAGCCCGGCGAGAAGCAGGGCCGCCACAGCUACAUCGACACCAUUCCCCAGUCCUCGCGGAGCCCCUCCUACAGGACCAAGGCCAAGAGCCACGGGGCGCUCAGCGACUCCAAGUCCGUGAGCAACCUCUCUGAAGCCAGGGCCCAGAUCGCCGAGCCCAACGCCAGCCGGUACUUCCCCUCCAGCUGCCUGGACUUGAACUCGCCCACCAGCCCCCCGGCCGCGCGGCACGGCGACACUCGGACUUUGCUCAGCCCGUCGGGGAGAACCAACCGCAGCGAAGGCACUCUCGACUCCCGCCGGACCGCCACCCGCCACUCCAAGACCAUGGAGGAGCUGAAGCUGCCCGAGCACCUGGACGGGAGCCACUCGCACUCGCUGUCGGCCCCGCACGAGUCCUUCUCCUACGGGCUGGGCUACACCAGCCCCUUUUCCUCCCAGCAGCGGCCGCACAGACAUUCCAUGUACGUGACCCGGGACAAAGUGAGAGCCAAAGGCUUGGAUGGAAGCUUGAGUGUAGGGCAGGGGAUGGCGGCCCGAGCCAACAGCCUGCAGCUCCUGUCACCUCAGCCCGGAGAACAGAUUCCUCCAGAGAUGACUGUGUCUCGAUCUUCUGGGAAAGAGUCUUCAAGAGAAGGCGCCUCCUCUUUCCACUCACGGCAGAAGUCUGAGGGUGGCGUGUAUCAUGACCCCCACUCUGAUGACGGCACUAUCUCCAAGGAAAAUAGACACCUGUACAAUGAUCCUGUUCCAAGACGAGUUGGCAGUUUCUACCGAGUGCCAUCUCCACGACCAGAUAAUUCCUUCCAUGAAAAUAAUGUGUCAACUAGAGUUUCUUCCCUACCAUCAGAAACCAGCUCUGGAGCUAACCACUCAAAAAGACAACCAGCAUUUGAUCCAUGGAAAAGUCCUGAAAACAUUACUCAUUCUGAACAACUGAAGGAAAAGGAAAAGCAAGGUUUUUUCAGGUCAAUGAAAAAGAAAAAGAAGAAAUCUCAAACAACAGAGUCCACCAACGGGGAGAAUCCAAGCAUCAAGAAAUCCCUCUUUCCUCUUUUUAAUUCAAAGAAUCAUUUAAAGCAUAGCUCUUCUUUGAAAAAGCUUCCUGUAGUCACUCCGCCCAUGGUGCCCAAUACUGACAAUCCUGACCUUCUAACUCUGCAAAAAGCUAUUCACUCUGCCAGCACACCAAGCAGCAGGCCCAAGGAGUGGCGUCCUGAGAAAAUCUCUGAUAUACAGACCCAAAGCCAGCCGUUAAAGUCGCUGCGCAAGCUAUUACAUCUCUCCUCGACCUCCAAUCACCCAGCCUCCUCCGACCCUCGCUUCCAGCCCUUAAGCACUCAGCAAGCCAAAAAUUCCUUCUCAGAAAUCCGGAUCCAUCCCCUGAGCCAGACCUCUGGGAGCAGCAACAUCCGGCAGGAGCCCACCCCCAAGGGCAGGCCCACCCUCCAGCUGCCAGGUCAGAUGGACCCUGCUUGGCAUGUGUCCUCUGUGAGCCGGGGUGCCACGGAGGGGCCUUCCUACUCCGAACAGCUGGGUGCCAAGAGUGGGCCGAAUGGGCACCCUUAUAAUAGAACAAAUCGAUCCCGAAUUCCGAACCUGAAUGAUCUAAAAGAGACAGCCUUGUAAUGUGUGUCGGGGGGAAGGGCCGGGGAGGGGGGUGGGCAGGUGGGCAAUGAGCGGGCCGGGGUAGUAAGCCAGUAUUUUCAGCUUUAUGAAGGUGUGUGCAAUAUUGUACGUGGGGCGCCCUCGGGCCUCCCGCCUCCGCAAAUGCAAGUCAGGGAUCUUAGAGCCACAGGGGUUCCUUAGGGGUCCCUGUGCGGGAUGGAUAGAGUGCCAUUGAGGAAGAAGACGUCCUGCCGGUGUCUCCCCUCCAUGGCAGUUUCGGUGCCACCGCUGUGGAAGCUGGGAGUGCCAGGACGUGUUCUAGCACUGCAAGGGAUAGAAAUUUCACGUUGACCAAUGCCCUUACCACAGAGUUUUUUCUGCCUAAACUAAACGUGGUGAUUGUAAUCCAAGAGUAUCCCUUUGAAGGGUUAGCAGAUGAACCAACUGUAUGUCUUAACUUGUUUUCUAAACUCCCAUAUUUGAUAGGAUUUGUAACGUUGAUUUCUAAUUAAUAUUGUACUGUUCUAAUCAUACCUUUUAUGUUCACUGUAAAGUUACUUUGAGCUGUUUGCGACAUUGUGAAGCAGUGGGACAGCUACAGUAGUUUCUGUACAAACUAAACAGGACCAUUUAUAUAUUGCAUCAGGAGUAUUUUAUUCUCUCUAUAAAUAUAUAUAGUAAAUAUCUGUCUGUUUUAUAAAUAUACUCAUUGAAAGAAAGUAUCGUCAUGACACUAUCUGCCAUAUUUUUAUACAUUUGUGAUAUGAAGUAAGUGCUACACUUCUAAGCAAGGGAGUUGCCUGGUGGCUCUAUGGGACUGUGACUGCAGGGACCUCGCUCAGCUCGCAGGCCCCAGCGGUAGCCUCUAGACGUGACCCUUGGUAGCAGACAAGAUGCAGCCACUUCCUCCAAGGCAUGGGGGGAGAGAGUUGGGGAGAUCGGUGAGAACCCCAGCCACAUCGUCUCUGCCCUCACGUAGCGGGCUCCUGGGCAUGUCGAGGGAUGAUCCUUGCACCUGAGGGGAGGAGAAUUCAUCCAGGAUGGCUCCUGGGUCUCCGUAGUGAGGACGUGCCGUGCAUCUGUGGAGCGCAGACCAAAGAUUCGCCGGUGAACAUACCUAGCUGCAAGGUUGUGAGAGGCACCUGUUUGCAGAUCUUGCAAGCCAGAGUUAAGCUCCUGAGUCCUGUUCACUGUAGCAGAGCUUCUGGGAUGGAGGGAGUGGCAUUUCUCUUUCUAAAUACUGUUUUGUUAUUACUCUUCCUGACAUAUUCAAUAGGUUCCUGAAGCAAUUCUAGAGGUCAGAAAAAAAUUGCUAGACUAAUUUUUCUUCCUGGGCCUAGUCAUUUAUAGUAAGGUUAUCAUCACACAUCCCCACUGUCGGAACAGUCUUUCAACCCCCAGCUCACUCCCUCGUAUCACCAAGGCCGUCUGCCACCAGGGCUGUGACCCUGCCCGUGUCUCUAGGCCGUCCUCUACGGAAAUCACCACACCCUCAUCCUUCAAGAGUAGUUUUAGAUUUUUGGAAGUAGUUUCUUAGCAAUAAUACUUUUAAAGGUCCCAUCCUACCCUUCCUCCAAGAGGUUGUAACCUCUCAGUAUUUAUUACUUGUACCAGGAUUCUGAGAGCAUCAGCCCCUAACUCACGUCAGCUGUGAUUGAAUUGUGCUGAGUUACUGUCCCCCUUCCCCCGAGAUUUUGAGAAUUAUAGCUCUGAUGAUAACAAUUAUAAAGAAAAAUCUCAUAGUUUCUUUGAAGCUUAAAUUGUGUGCAUAUUGCAUUUUAUAUAAUUAUUAUAAUGAUGUGUAUCGAUUAUAUAGAGAGGUCAUUUUACGGUGCUUUUUAUUUACUUUUAAUAAGUGUAAUAGGCACUAAAAUGAAACUCAACUGGGUACUAUCAUGGAAACAAUUUGAUUCAAUCAAUAGUUUGCAUGCUCUUCAGUUCUUUUGAUAUCUCGUUUCCUUCACCAGUUUAGUACUGUUGGAGUAGCUCUGAAUUCUGGCUUUUCCCAGGCAGCUGCUCAGUUCUUGGACCCUUCGCAGUUUUUGCCUGGAUGCUAGUGACUCUCAAAGGGUAUGCAACUCUCCUUUUUCAUACUGGAUCUGUACCCUUGCAUACCAGAAACUGCACCUCCCCACCUCUGGAAAGACUUCUCACUGUGCUGUGCGCUUAGGACCCGCGCAGUCACAUUGCCCUGCUGUGGCAUUUGAGGCUGGUCAGCCACCUCGAGGCUGAUGUCCCACGUUUUCACCCUUGCCAGAACACUGGGAUCUCAGAUGUUUGCAGAACAUUUACUAUUCGAGGUGGUUCUUCAAAGAAGGGCUAGACUUAUUGCCUUCUACCUAGAGCAAAGUAAACCUAACUGAUGAAGAGUCAAUACAUACUUUCGUACAUUCCCAGAUUUGAGCCAGAAAAUAUCUUCGCAACUAGUGUUUUUGAGGUAGCUCUCCUCCUGUGCUCAGCUUUUGUCCACUGACCUCAGCAAGCUGUAAGUGAAUUACAAUCUGCAUUUCUGCCUGCACUUCUCUUCUGCCCUCGGUGGGGAUCGGUAAGGCUUUCUCCCCAAUCAAACGGGCCCUCUCCUAGCUUUUAACCGUUGUUUUCCUCCGGGCGAUGAAUUGUUGAUCUCCCAAAGAUUGUCAUCUAUCCUAGAAAGAAAGCAAUUUGAAGUCACGAAAGUUUGCAUUUUCUUUAGGAAAGGAAAUUUCUGACAUCCCUGUACUCUCCCUACCUUCCUAAGGAAUAACAGCAACAAAGGCACGGGAUUCCUUUGUUUCUUGGAAGGGUUGCUUCUUUCCUGUUCCACGGGGGUUCGUUUGCUACUGUGCUCCUCGUACUUUACCGGCACCUUCCCUGUUCUUCUCAGACAUUCCAGUGAGUUAUUGUUUAACCUCCACUGGUUCUGAACUGAGCCUUCUGCCCCUCUGCAGAGCCCAGCACCAAACGUGUCCCAUGCUAAGGGGCCCUGGCUCAGCCAUGGUGGCUCUCAGCCCUGGUCAUUUUGCCGUUUGGCAGUGUCGGGAGCCCUAGUUGGUCGUCAGAAGUGGAGGCUAGAGAUGCCCCUCCAGCUCCUGCAUGUACAAGCAACGUCCCUGGCCCGGUCCUCCACCCGCGAAGAAGGAUCUGCCCCCCCCCGUGUCAGUGGCGCUGAGGUGAGACCCCUGCUCAGCAUCCUCCUCUCCACUCUCUGAAACUGCAGGGAGGAAGUCUUCAACAUCAGCGACUCCGAAUGAACUUUCUACCACUAUUCUGGAAUCCCUGCAAUUCUGUCCUUCGUGUCCAUUGUCUUGGGCCUUCUAAAAAGUGAAUCCUUAGGGAAGAGACCAGCGUGGCUUUGCAGGUGUUUGGAAGUCCAAUUCUAGGUCAGCAUCCUUCGAAAAUCUUUCACAGAGCCCCGGGGCUUAUAUUUAGAAUCAAGCAGCAGCCUGGCAGAUUGGCAUGACUUUGGCCAGCUGCUCGAAGGCAUCCAUGGCUUUGAGCUGCGUCUCCCGAAAGAAAAUGUCUCUUUUCUUUUCCAAUUGGAGCCAUUUAAUAGCUCUUUACAAAUAUUGGCAUAUGACAGACCAAUUCGAAGCGAAACUCUCUGUCGGCAGUCGUGCUGUGGCUGUUCUUGGCGUGUUUGUGCCGUGUGCUUUGAAUAAAUCUGUUUGAAAUCAUGCUUUAAGAGUCAGCGUAUGCAGUUGUGCUUCGACUCCACGAGCAGAGCUGUCCUGGUUAGUUUUAGUCCUGUCUUAUAUUAUGAAGUAUGUUGUGGUUGUAGAGUUAGCCAGUUUAGCAUGUUCCUAAUCUGAAAAUUAGCAGACUCCACUGGGCAAUGCUAACCCGCUGCCCUUCCCGGCACCUUAGUUGAUGUCCUAGUAUCUUCCCUUUUCAAACUAGCUUUUAGAGUAAUUAAGGAAAAAAGCCAUUUCUUUUCUUCUAGCUAUGUAUGGAAAAUGACUCAGAAGUGUACCACUUAUUUCAAAGGCCAGAGGAUUGCUUUUCAAGUGUGUUAGAGCUUCUGUGUCCGUUCCUGUCCACCGUGGCCUGGUGGUGACCAAACUUUCAGCAAGGGCAAUUGCUCGUUGUGAUUUAGUCCUAGCGGAUGGCUGGGACUCCGAAAUCCGCGUCUCCUCUCGUGCUCAGUACAUGUUUCCUGGAGAGCACUGUUUUUCUCUCUCAGAGUUUGUGAGACUGAUCUCCGCGUGAGCGCUGAGAUCCACACUCACAUUUCCGUGAACCAGGAAUGUGGGUUGAUGCACUGAACCAAGUCCGAAAUUAUUGAAAUAUUUCCUUGUUUCCUUCCGGUUUGUUGCCAAUCAAGUGUGUACAUAGAGAAAAGCUAUUUACAGGCCAAUGAAAACAAACCAAAAGAUUUCUUUCAAGGGGGCUGCAGAGAAAACAGCAAAGAUGUUUUGAGGGUCCUCUUGCUAAUUCCAGGACUGGAACCUCACAAAAAGUGUUUCUUGGAGACUUAAAAAGUCCAACUUACAAAUAUUUGUAAGUCGUUCUCAUUUCUUACCUUCCCAUCUUGGCCAGCUAGCUCUAGACUCUCGAGAGGUCUGAUGCAGCUGGGAAAUGAAUUCUGUUUUAGAAACCUUCAGUAAAUGCAGGAAAAAUGAAGCGUUGUAAACACACAGUGUGUUCAAAGUAAGGUGGCUAGGAAAUUCUGGGCCGAGCGCCCUAUCCUAGAUGUUCUUCUUUUUUAAUUGAAUGUAUUAUAAAAGAUCCUAGGCGUGUAUGCCAAGUCAGUUACUCUGUGAAUAUUCAUUUCCUGUAGUGCUUUGUUAAUUCCUUAGCGUUAGGCCUGGUCCUGACUCCACCUUGCCCCUCUCUGGACCCUGCUGUGUAUUAUUAUCUAUAGGCUAUUCAAUCUGAUCACCACCUGCCUUGUAUUUUCAUCCAUUAGCUGUCUACUCCCCCAUCUAAGGGAGGUUUUGUUUUUUGUUUUGCCAGAAAAAAAUGUGUAAUCGUCUGCACGUCAGAUUUUUAGGGCCUCCAGAACCGCGGUGAUGAUACUGGUUCACUGCUAAGGCCCUUCAGUACUCACAAGGUUAAGUAAGCUCUCUGACCCCCAUUUGAUCUUUGGGUCCUAUUUUGAGCUUCCUUUGGAAUAUUAAAAAAAAAAUCGGUUUCCAUAGUGUACGCAGAUUAGAAGUUGCCUUGUUUGCUCAGAGUAUCAGGGAGAAAGCGGCCUUAUCUGUUUUUCCAUCCGUUCUGUUUUGACAGACUGCUAAGAAUUCCUCAGGACUUCCUUUGGUUGGGGAGCUCCAGUUCCCCAAAGCCUGGUCUGAUUUUGUUUCAGGCUCCUCCUAGUGCUGUGCUUCAGGGUAAUCAGACAAAAGCCAGGAAUAUCAAAGGUAGAUGCCUUGUCUUUUGUCCCUGUUGGGAUUAUAGUGUUAAUUGCCAGAGUCGUCAAAACUCCAGAGUUUUAAGGGGGAAAAACACUUAGAGUUUCAAGGGGGAAAGGGAGACUUUUCCCCCUGGAGAACCUGGAAGUUCUCCACAAUGGCUUCGAUUUUCCAAAGUGGAAAGCAAAGUUUUGCAUCAGCUUCAUUUUCACUAGAGGUAAAAGGAUAGAUUCCCGUCAUCUCAGCCUAUUUCCUGAUCCGUGUUUCCUCCUGGGUGACUGAUUGAGUCAGGCUGGAGGGAUAAUGCUGUGACUGCAACAAGUAGAUUCUCAUCGUAAACUCGAAUUCACUGAAAUAAUGAAACCAAACAAAAUAGUUGCCCCUAGUUCCUAUCUCCAAGAAUCGCUUUGUGCCCUUUUGAAUUCAGGUAGUUAUUCUGUACAUAGAAGACUAUUCCGAGCUUCUUCAAUCUCUAGUAAGUUUGAAGGGGGCAUGUGGGAAGACACGGGGUGGGGUGAUUUUCAGAACCCUCCUCAUGUGUGAAAACAAAAUAUAGGGAUAAGCCAGAGUGAUGGAACAUCCAAAUUUGUGGUAGUUAAAGAAUCGGUAGAAAUUCUUACUUGCACAGACUUUAUAAUCCAUCAUACUAAGUGUGAUUCCAUACUUUUUACCGUGGCAAGGGUGUAAAGUAGUAUUAACCUUUUUGAUUUUUAAAUCCGAACUGAAUUUAAAGUGUUGAAUAUGUAAAUUCUUCACAAUCUAAUUAUGACCCAUUUGUAAAGUGUUUAUAUGACUUUGUAUCAUGUGUCGGGACAUCUUAGCAAGUUUUUUCUGGCAUGUAUUUCAUUCUAACUUCUGUAAAAUUUCUAUUGUUGCUGUAAAUAUUAUACAAAUAUCUAUUCUGUGGUAACCUUAAUUAUGAGCAUGAAAUGGUUCAUUUUUACUGAGCACAAUGUAUUUUUGAAUGGAUAUUCCCAAAUGUCUUUAAUAAAAUGCAGAUUUUGCACUGACUGAUGUGAUUGCCAGGCCCUCCCCAUCUUGAGCACUGGGGUCCCUCCUGUUUGAACAGCAAGCCAGCAGCUCCUUCUUUGUAAAGAACUCAUGUUGGAAUUCCAAUGAAAGAUAAUGGGCCUUUGAAGUUGGAAUCAGUUUAAGGAACAAAAAAUCAAUGUAAAGCUGGGCAAAUCCUGUUAUUUAAUGAUGUUUGUUUUUUUCUUUUCUAUUUAUAAAGCUUAUUUCCCCUUCUGACAUUUUGCAAACUUUGAUUUCUUUUCCACUUGAGCGGUGUCUCCUUUGCACCUCUAAAAUGGUUUGGGGAGGAUGGGCAGAGAUUUCCACCUUAGGCUCAGUCCUGUGUAGAAAGCAAAGGUGGAUUAAUAUGCUUUCUUCCUGUUCGAGAGCUGGGGAGCUGGGGGACUUUUUUUCAUAAAGGGCCAAGAUUAUGAAAUAUUUGAGGCCCUGUGGGGUUUCUAGUGCAACCACUCAACACUGCCACCUUGGAAGUUGGCCAUUGUCGUGCAAAUCAGCACAGAUGAUGUGUGAAUGAGUGGAAAUAGCUGUAUUUCUCUAACACUUAGAAGAGAGUCAGGGUUUACUGACCCAUUUUGUGCCCUCACUUUUGCCUUUAAGAAUAGGAAGCUCAAAUAGGAGAGAAAUAGCUUGAAUUUUGUUAUAAAGUAUGCUCUCCAACUUUAUCUUUCUAGACAAAUGGUAGGAGCUAAACCUGGUCUUUGUAUUCCGCAGAGCACUGUGUCACCGGCUUCUCCGCUACCAAGUUUCUCCUCAAGUAUAGGCUUGUUCCUUGAAGCCUGUGUGCUUGCUUCUCUGUGUCUUUAUGGCCUGGCUCUUCAAGCUAGCGUUCGCUCUUGAACGUGUGCUUCAUUCUUUCUACCCCCACCCCACCGACACCACCAUCUUUCUCAGUUCGUUUUGUUCAGUGAAAAACUAUAUCGCUUCACUUUUUUCAAAAAGUAUCGUGGACACGUGUGGCCUUGAUUUGAACUACACACCUUUCUCUUUUGUAAAAAGGCGAGACUAAAUCAAAGCCUCCUGAGCUCGUAGUUGUGGGGUAUUCGUAACCCUUCCUAAGACCAGGCGCAGCGCCGAGAGUUUUACAUGAUUACACUAUCUUUUCAAAUCAACCCAGCACAGUAAGUGGCAUCCCCAUUUGAUCCCUAAGGAAGCUUCUCUAUGUGGACUUGAUGUUAAAACGCCCAAGCUGAAGUGGCAAGGCUAGGAUUUGAAGCUGAAGUGUGUUCCUCCUGAAGGCCAGUCUCUGCCUAAACAGUCAUCUCCGUGUAGACCUUAGGAGCUGACCCGAGACUGUUCACGUACAGCCACCCCUCCUAUCUCUGGCCGGUGGCCAUUGAUUUGACAAUAGAACAUUUCACUGAAGCAGAUCACUGGAGGUCCAGAGACUCUGGUGAACGGGCUUAAAAGCAGAGAAUUUCUAGUCAGAUUGCCGGAGUGGAAUGCUAACUCAUCACCUCUGUCUUGUGAAGCUUCAGGCCAGUUCAUUUGCCUAUGCCUCAUUUUCCUUAUCUUUUAUAUGGAAAUAAUGGCACACACCUCUGUGGUGACUUACCGAGGUGAUGACUUGCAAAGUACUGGAUAGCUUCUUAAUAAAUAUUAGCUACUACAACAUUAUUGCUACUAUUUAUGCCCCAAUUGGCAGCCCUACAGAGUUGAAAAGGAAAGUCAGAGAAUCUUAAUUGUAGUUACAGCAAGUGCAUUGGGUGGCUACUAAAUCCUUUGUAUGUAUGUAUUCUGUUUGAUCGGCACAUCAGCCCCUGUAAGGUUGUCAGGGUUGAGAAUGACCUAGCUGGUGCUACUCUGGGGAUCACAGGGUAAACUGCUGACCUGUGAAUUCGUCAUCAGGCCUGGCAGCCACGCUGCAAGAAGAGAAAAGGAUGAGCUUCUGUCACUAUCUGACCCAAGACUCGCUUAAGGAGCUCGCUCUUCUGGGAGCUGAGAUUGGAUUCAUAGCGGUACCUUUAUUUAGAAACAGCUUUGCUUCUCUAAGUAACUUCCUCCCUCCCGCAAUACCAAAAUCCACCUUUGUUUUUCUUAAAUCUUGGCCAUAUUUAAUACCACUUAUUUAAACCAUGGCAUCCCACUUAGUUGUUUGGAAAUCUUCUGAAAUAUGUUGUAUAUCUUUGACCACCAUUUUUUUAAAGUUUUCAAAAUUUUUUAUUAGUGAAUUACCGUAAGGUACAGUUACAAAACGUACAAACUUUCAUGCUUUCGUUUUAGUCAUACAAUGGUCGAGUGUCCAUCCCUCCACCAGUGCCCAUUCUCCACUACCAAUGGUCCCAGCAUCCCUCCCACCACCCCCAGCCAUCACCCCCACCCCGCCUCUGGGGCAGGGCAUUUCCUUUUGGUUGACCACCAUUUUUUAAAAUCUGGGACUAGAGAGAUAGUACAGGGGUUGAAGUGCUUGCCUUGCAUGCGGUUGAUCCCAGAGUGGUCCUUAGCACUGUCUGGGGUAAGCCCUUCUUCUCUCUCCCUCUUAGCAUGGAGUUGGGAGUAUCAUACCUCACAUCAUACCAUCUCAAACAAGAAAACCCUGCCACAUCUAUAGAUCACACUUUCGCAUGUUAAUAGAUGAGAGUGAGUUUUUGUUACAUUAAAUAUAUGCCUUUUCAAUUGAUUGUCACAUCAAAUAAAUAUGAAAACUUGCAAAGUACUUGAUAGAUUCCUAAUAAAUAUGAGCUAUUACAACAUUAUUGCUACUAUUUGUACCCCAGUUGGGACUACAGGUAAAAAAUUGUAGCAAUAAUUUUUCCCACACAAAAUAAAGAAUACCGUGAACUUAGUUCAUGUGUUUCUUAGCAAGGUUCUAUUAGGCCUCAGUUGCCCUUCAGUAAAUUUUAUAGAUUCUCUCAUGAAGUAAAAGAAAUAAAUCACUUUUAUAGUAUCACAAACUACAUGAAUAAACGUUUUAUGGAUCUCAGCAACUCAUUGUUUAUUCUGAAAUACUAAGCAAUUUCCAGUGCAAAAUCUCAGCUGACUUCUUGGUAGAGGUCGGUACAUCAAUUUUAAAAUUCAGAUGGGAAUUCAGUCUUAAAGAACGAAGUUGGGAGACACUCACAUGUUCCAGUGUCAAAGCUUAUUGCAAAACUACCAGUAGCAAGCAGUGUGGUACUGUCAUAGUAUAGGCAUACAGGUCAGUGGAGUAGACUUGAGAGUCCAGAAAUAUAACUUCACUUUUAUAAUUAAUUAGUAAGGGUGCUCAGGACUUCAGUGGGGGCAAAGAAUAGUCUUUUUGAUAAAUGGUGCUGUGACAACUGGAUAUUUACAUGCAAAGAAUGUAGUUGGACCCCUGCCUCACACCAAAUGCAAAAAUUGAAAUUGAUUAGAGAUCUGAAUGUAAGAGGUUUGACUAUAAAACUCAAAAACUAAAUCAUAUGACCAAGGAAUAAAUCUUAUGAUCUAGAUUUGGCUUCUGGUUUCUCAGAUGUAACACCAAAAGCACAAGUCAAGAAAAGAAAAAUAAGAUAGACAUCAUCAAAAUUUAGAAGUAUUUCUUUCAAAGGAUUCCACCGAGUGUCAAAAUACAACACUCAGAAUAGGAGGACAUAUCUGCAAGGAGAUUGUAUCUGGAAACAAGUAAGAGCUCUUACGACUCAGUGAUAAAAUGACAGUUUUUCAAUGAACAAACAAUCUGACUAGACAUUUCUGUAGUGAAGGUGUGCUGUGUUUUUUGUAUAUGUGAAAAGUAAAUCCAAGGAUUUAGCUGGUAGCUACCAGUGGUAGAGCACAGGAUUCACAUGUAUGAGACUCUGGGUUUCAUUCAUGACAUCUUCCCCAAAACCCAGGAAAAUCAGCUUGAUAUCAUCAGUCGUUAGGAGAAUAAAAAUCAAAGCCACAAUGAAAUAGUCGAUCAUAUUAGGAUUGUUGUAAUCAAAAGGACAGAUUUGUGUAGAGAAAUUGGAACGUUGCUGCUGGUGAUGUAAAAUGGUGGGAAAUUCUUUGGGAAACUUUGGGAAAAUUCUGACAGUUCCUCAGAAGGCUAAAUAACUACCUUAUCACCCAGCAGUGCCACCACUAGGGACAUAGAAGAUAAAUGAAAACAUGUCCACAUAAAAACUUGUCUAGUUGUUCCUGGGGCAUCAUUGAUAACAGCCAAACAGGUGGAAACAAUCCAAAUAUCUGUCAGUGGAGGAAUAGAUAAGUGCAAUGUGAUAUAGCUGUACAGUGGAAAUGAUAUUCAACCAGAUAAAAGGGAUAAAGUACUGAUAUAUGCUAUGAUGUGAUGAACCUCAAAAGCACUAUGCUAAGCCAAAGAAGCCAGAUCAUGUAUCUUACUAUUACGUUUAUAUGACGUGUCUAGAAUAGAAAUCUACAGACAGGAGUGCCAGUGGCCGCCGAGGGCUGGGUGGAUGAGUGAGGUGGGGGUUUCUUUGAGGGUAACAAAACUUUUCCACAAUUGUGAUAUAAUGCUUGCUCAGCUCUAAAUAUAAUAAGUCAUUCAUUGAAUUGUACACUUGAAAUGGGUGAAAAUUUGUAUGGUAUGUGAACUUUAUCUCAAUAAACCUGUUAAAAAACAAA